UUCAACAUCUUGAUUUUACCGCACCAUAAAAAGUCGUUUGUGAUCGGGCAGUUGGCGAUCGAUAAUAAAUUGAACAUCGAAUGUGCCUUAACCAUUGAAUAAUAGUACAAAUCAGUUUAUACGUUAGUUAAUAUUUCUUAGGUUAAUAGUUUUACAUGCUAGUUCAAUGCCUCUCCACACGAAGCAUAACGUUGCUUUAUCCAGUACGAGAUUACUUAGCGAAGCGGAUCGUUCCUACCGCGCAGGCAGAGAAACGGAUGCAAUUUACUAUUCGACGGAGGCUCUGUGUACGGGACUACAUAACAAGUUUGAUAAUGCUGGUCGCCGGCUACCGCAAAGUGAAAGUUCGCUCGUGUCAAUACUUGGAGAGCUCAACUGUGAUGCACCUCCAGUAUCUAAACCUUAUGAUCCAGCCGUUGGCUUCCCUUUAAUACAUCAACGAUGUUUGCUAUUCCCGGAGCAAUGGACCAUUUUUCAAAUUAAUAAAUCCUACACUCCUCGCUGGAAUCUUCUGACACACCAGCAACGGUUGCAAGAGAGAACAUCAAUCGAUCUGGUACUGUUUACUUAUCCAAACUCUGAGAUAAUGGGCGGCAAACCUAUAAUGAUUCGUAUCGAUCCUCCAAAUGAUCUUGAGUUUUAUUCGCUAGUAUCCUCGAUUCCAGUGAAGGUAAAAAAAGAUUUGCAGGAAGAGUGCGAGUCAGGUCUGUUGCGCCACGAAGAAAUGGAAACUUAUAUUUCCAACGUAAUCGAUCGACUAACUGCCUUUCUUGGUCCUUGGAUCGUUUUGUUUAGUGGCAAAUUUAUCUCGUCAAAGGAUCAACAGGUGGAGGCAGAGAUCUUCAAUCGAGUAGAGGAUUUCUGUAUUGUUAAUAAGCGCAGCAAACGGGAUCAGGUGCUAAUUUCAUUAGUUGCCAGACGGUUGGAUAUGAUUGAUCAGGAGACGAUAUAUCGUUUCUGCUUUAAAAUGACAAGCAGCGACGAAAGUUUGCUGACGAAGUUGUUUAAUUUUCUCGUUGACUUGAAGGAGCGUAAAUUCGACCAGAAUCAAAGAUUAGACUGCUAUCCGUGCCUAAUGAUUGUGGGCGAGCUGGUCGACUGUUACCCCUGGGAAGCAGUGAACACAAAUCAGGAAUUCAGUCGUCUUGGUUCAUUUCGAAUCUUGUGGCAACUGUACGAGGCGCAUAAGGCUAAUAUUUUGCGAGGAUACCUGCGGGUUCCAGUGAAAAAUUGCUACAAUAUCAUCAACCCAGAUAAAAGCUUGGUAAAAAUGAGUGCUCGGCUGCAAGCUUUCUAUAAAGAGUGGUACCCGGAAUUCAAACUGAUCGUCGAUCAGCCUCCAGCGGAUGGCGAGCUCUCUACGAUCCUGCAAGAGGCUGAUGUAAUGAUAUACAACGGUCACGGUAGCGGUCUCCAGUUCAUGGAUGGUGAUACGAUUCUUCAACACAACAUAAAAAGUUUGAUCUUUCUGUUUGGCUGCGAUUCAGUACGACUCUUUCCCAAAGGACUAUUCAGUGAAAUGACUGGAAGUCAUUUGUACUACAAUAUCGCAAAAUGCGCCGCAAUUGUUGGUGCUUUGUGGGUGCUGACUGAUUUCUACACCGAUUACUAUUCCAUAAUGUUGGUUGGUGGCUGGAUUCCAACGGGUAAUCCGAAGAUGCGUGAAUAUUCUGUUACCGAUUUGGAUCCAUCAGCUUUCAAAAAUGGAACACUGGUCCUGCAGAAUAAACCGAAUCUCGUACUGGAGGAGCAUUGCGAAGACAAUCUACUAUCACUGAUGGCACUGUUCCGUCGGCGGAAGUGGCUUCCGAAGCGAAUCCGCUACGCCAUGGUGUGCCGUGGUCUCCCUACGAUCAAUGACACGUAUUUUGACGAUAACCUAAGUGAUUAACUGUCGAUUGUACCUAGUCAACAAUGUAAUAUAAUAAGGGACCCCAAACGAAAGAACUUCUGUC